UCUUUUUCCUCCCCCUCCCCCUAGAACACACAGAUAGACCACCACACACCUCCUUCCUCGUCCUCAGACUUAGGGCAGAACUGUGGCCACCAACACAAUUGAGCCUUUACUGAGUCCGCUGCUUGCAUCUUCAGUCAGCAUCCGGAGCCAGCCUGGAAACGGCCUGCAGCUCCUAGACGGACGCGACUAGUGCAAGGCGACGCCUGCGCAGUGUGGCUGUAAGGCGGGCGCUGUCUUCCGAGCCGCCCACCAGGCCAGCGGCGUCAUGGCGGAGGAGGUAAGCAGCCUGAUGAAGGCCACGGUCCUGAUGCGGCAGCCGGGACGAGUGCAGGAAAUCGUGGGCGCCCUUCGCAGGGGCGGAGGAGACCGCCUGCAGGUGAUUUCUGAUUUUGACAUGACCUUGAGCAGAUUUGCUUACAAUGGACAGCGAUGCCCCUCUUCCCACAAUAUUCUGGAUAACAGCAAAAUUAUCAGUGAGGAUUGUCGCAAAGAGCUCACCGAGCUCUUCCACCACUAUUAUCCCAUUGAGAUUGACCCACACCGGACCAUCAAGGAGAAGCUACCUCACAUGGUGCAGUGGUGGAGCAAAGCCCACAGUCUCCUGUGCCAGCAGAGGAUACAGAAAUUCCAGAUAGCUCAGGUGGUUGGCGAGUCCACCGCGAUGCUCAGGGAGGGCUAUAAGACGUUCUUCGACACACUCUACCAGAACAACAUCCCUCUUUUCAUCUUCUCUGCGGGCAUCGGUGACAUCCUGGAAGAAAUUAUCCGACAGAUGAAAGUGUUCCACCCCAACAUCCACAUUGUGUCCAACUACAUGGACUUCAGUGAGGAUGGUUUCCUGAAAGGAUUCAAGGGCCAGCUCAUCCACACCUACAACAAGAACAGCUCCGUGUGUGAGAACUCCAGUUACUUCCAGCAACUUAAGAACAAAACCAACAUCAUCCUGCUUGGAGACUCCAUAGGGGACCUCACUAUGGCUGAUGGGGUCCCUGGGGUGCAGAACAUUCUCAAGAUUGGCUUUCUAAAUGACAAGGUGGAGGAGCGGCGGGAGCGUUACAUGGACUCCUACGACAUUGUGUUGGAGAAGGACGAGACGCUGGACGUGGUCAAUGGGUUGCUACAGCACAUCCUGCGCCAGGGGGACUGUGUGGAGCUACAGGGCUCCUAAGGCUCAGGCUGGGCCCUGCCUCAGCCAUGAGGAGGAGACCCUGCCCGCAAAGCCUCCCCUAUGGGCACAGAGAGAAGUUCAGGGCAGACGAGAGCUGCUCCCACACACCCCCGACUCCUUCCCCAUGCCUCUGCCUUACCUCCUGCUGGAAAGAGGCUUGAGGGAGGCCUUGCCUGUGGGAAGGCAGCAAGGGUGCUUCCAAGUAAACCAUGGACCACAGCCCUCUAACCGCAGUGUGAGCCUUCUACAGAUCAUCUGGUCCAAAGGUUCUCUCUAAGAAAGUUUUCAGAGCUGGGAAUACAGAUGCCUCAGUGGUGAAGCCAGCAGCUAACUAGCAUGUGGAGGGCCCUGGGUUCCUUCCCCAGCACUGUACGGGUAAGAAAAAGAGAGAGACAGACAGACAGAAAGAAAAGCUGUAUGUCCAAGAAAUAUAAUGUGUGAAUCAGAUGGAAAUUAAAAAACAAGCUGGGCGGUGGAUGCACAUGUCUUUAAUCCCAGCACUUGGGAGGCAGAGGCAGGCGGAUCUCUGAAUACAAGGCCUACAGGGCAAGUUCCAGAAUAGCCAGGAGUACACAGGAACCCUGUCUCAAAAACAAAACAAAACAAACAAAACCCCCAAAAGACAAAAGAAUAGCUCCAACUCACAGUGUGGGAGUGGAGUGUGCAUCCUGAACCGUGACAAAUGUGUAGUGGAGAGCCCUGGAAUGCCACAGAGCUGUACCACUCACUGGCAAGCAGCCUGGGAGUGUAUGCGUGGGUGGGUGGGGGUAAGUGAGUGAGGAUGAUUAUAGGAAAGAUGGAAAAGGAUGCAGAGACAGACAGAUUUGGGAGGACCGCCGCCAGUCUAUGCUGCUGCAGCGUCAAGGUUUUUUUGUUUUGUUUUUUUAAUACCCUAUAGUACUGUGGGCAGCAAAGCCACAAGCUAACAGAAACGAUUGCUGAAGUAUACAGAAGACAUCCGUCCUUAUCGAGGGCCUCUCUGUUCCUUCCACCAAGGUCAAUAGAAUGUUCAGACUCUAGCCUUGAGUCAAAAGUGUGCCUCCCAUUGUUCCGGGUCUCAGCAGGCCCGGAAAUCUGCCAGCAGACCCUGACCUGCUUUGACUCUGCCCGGCUGGCAGGCAGACUUUUUCUUUUCUUUUUUCUUUUUCUCUGCUUCAGAGAAGCAGGCAAACAGCUCCCCACACAGAACAAAGUUUGAGGACAGGGGGCCCGGGUAGAAACCCAGUGUGAGUCCGCUUGCUGCCUGGGUCCUAGAAGAGCCUAGGAGUGUGUCUAGAUCUGAGAGGGUAGGGAUGGGAAGGUGUGAUCCUCACCUGGGGAGUGGGUACAGCCUUGAAACUUGAAAUUUGGUUGAGUUGAGGUGGUCUGUCUUAGACACCCCCGUAUGCACAAAGGGGGUGAGUAUAUUUGAGUAUGCAUUUUCCAUGUCCUUGGAUCUUUCCUCCAUUUUUUGAUCUAGUGCCACCAACAUAAUGGCCUGGAAGGGAUUUUUUUUUUUUUUAACCUUAGCUCAUGUAUAUGAGUGUUUUACCUGCAUGUAUGUAUGUACACCAGAUGUGUGCCUGGUAAUUGCAGAGGUUGGAAGAGUGUGCGGGCUCCCCUGGAACUGGAGUUGUCCAUGGUUGCUAGCCACUGCGUGGGUUCUGGGAACUGAACCUGGAUCCUCUGCAAGAGCAGCCAGUGCUCGUUAAUCACUGACCUGCCUCUUCAGCAGGUGUGAAAGGGAUUUGAGAUUAGACACCCAAGACAGACUGCAGAGUGAAGCAGAAGUAAUUGGUUUGCUAGUAUUUUGCAAUUUCAACUGUCCUCAAAAGACUGACGAACUAGGAGGGUUCUCCCUAGUGGCUCCUGUCAAAGAACAAACAGAAGGGCUGCCUCUCCUAGACCUAUUCUCUGGUCCCAAUAAAGUUGUUCAUG